UGCCAAAGCCCCACCGCAUUCAUUGUGCACGGUCUAUCCACCCCCUGCUGCCGCUGGCUGGCGACUGCCGCUCGCUCCAGCUGAGCUAAGAGUAGCGGCAGCUCCGGGAACGGACGGACUCCAGCCCUUGGACUUAGGACAUCGCAACACCUUCCCUUGCGUGCGUGACUCAUUCGCACAUCAUUUCUGUUUAUGUCUGGGGUGGGGAGAAAAAUCCCAAACCAGCUGUGUAAAUGAGUAUGGAAGAUUAUGAUUUCCUGUUUAAAAUUGUUUUAAUUGGCAAUGCCGGCGUGGGGAAGACGUGCCUAGUUCGACGAUUCACUCAGGGUCUUUUCCCUCCAGGUCAAGGAGCCACAAUUGGAGUUGAUUUUAUGAUUAAGACAGUGGAGAUUAAUGGUGAGAAAGUAAAGCUUCAGAUCUGGGACACAGCAGGUCAAGAGAGAUUUCGGUCCAUUACCCAGAGUUACUACCGAAGCGCCAACGCCUUGAUUCUCACCUAUGACAUAACCUGUGAAGAAUCCUUCCGCUGUCUUCCUGAGUGGCUGCGGGAGAUAGAACAAUAUGCCAGCAACAAGGUCAUCACUGUGCUAGUGGGCAACAAGAUUGAUCUGGCUGAAAGGAGAGAGGUCUCCCAGCAGAGAGCAGAGGAAUUCUCAGAAGCUCAGGACAUGUAUUACCUGGAGACCUCGGCCAAGGAAUCCGAUAACGUGGAGAAACUCUUCCUUGACUUAGCGUGCCGCCUCAUCCGCGAAGCCAGGCAGAACACGCUCGUGAACAAUGUGUCCUCGCCUUUACCCGGAGAAGGGAAAAGUAUCAGUUAUUUGACUUGUUGUAAUUUCAACUAAAGGCCGAGGCAGAAAGUGAAAGGAAUCAGCGGCUGCCCUGCCGGGCCCUGAACUGCUGGGACCUGGCGAUGACCGCGGCUCCUACUCUCGGACCUGACCCCCGUGGGCUCCUGCGCUUACAAAGCAUGGCAGGCCGCGGGCCGUGUCCAGAGGCCAGCAUUAGCAGAACAUACAAUGGUUUCACCUUUUUGCAGUCUGGGGUCGCAGCAAGGAAAAAAUUGCACUAGGCCCUCCAUGAUCUGCAGAGCAUGUUGCUUUUGUUUUUUUUAAAAAAGCAAGUAAAAAAGCAAGUGAAAGCGCAUUCCUGACCACAGUCCAGGGGGAAAUGGACUGUAGGAACCCUCCUGCACAUCAGUGGGUGCAUGUGGGGGCUGUUCUUCAGGGCUUCCAGGUGCCCUGGUUUUCUUGUCUACCAGAUAAACCAAAACUGGGAAGGCCAAGUACUGUCUCUGUGGGGCGUGUUGAUGACUCCGCGGAGAUUCUGCAAAGUGUUAUUUCUCUUGUCCACAGGCACUUUCAAGAACUUUGGGAUGUAAAAAUGAAAUGAAACCUUUACCCAUGACCAACAGUAACAAUCAUUGAUUUGAUGAAACAUACAUAAGCUCCAUGACUCCUUUUGGUGCUAAUGAUUCUGCUCUUUCACAGACCAAACGUUUUAGUGCAUUGACGUCGUUAAGUGUGUUACAUAAAAAUAAAAAAUAAUAAUAAUAAGGGAAGUCCAUGAAUCAGCACUCUUUCUCAAAGUCUCAUUACUACCUUUUCUAGGGUGGAUUUGUUGGGAAAGAAUACUUCUCCUUUCAUGUCUCUCUCUAAAUCUCAGCCAUUUUCUUCUUUUAUUCUCUCAUCUUUCCUGCCCCUUAAUGAAAAAGUCUUAAAAAAAUGAACAAAAAUAUGAAUGUUUGAUGAUAUUCUGAUAUAAAAGAUUAGCUCUAAGACAUUAUGUGUAGUAUGAGAAAACAGACCAGAUCCGACCAAAAAACUGUGGGUUAACGAACUGCCAUGCAGAGUUCCAAGCAAGCACAGUCCUUAAAAGCUGGUCACAUCUUUUACUUCUGGUACUAUCCAUCUUGGAAAGACCAAGGCAUAGGCUUUUGUAGACGUUUUUAAUAUGUCAAGUGAGAAUAGCAACAGAUGAAAAGUCUCACGAACCACUUUUGUAUCUUCAGUGAUAACCUGAAAAAAUUCUGCUUGUGGAAGCAGGUUCAACUGUCAUUUGUCACCUCCUUCUUAUAGUAAUGUUACUGUCAGACUCAUGACCAUACAGUCUUUCCUGUUUUUUUCUUUUCCUCUCAUUCUUUCCUGCUCUCCCUUUUAUUUCCUUCUUGCUUCUCUCUCUUCCUUAAUGCAUGCGUUCCUGCAAAUCUCCAAUUCAGACGGAGGUAUGUAUGCCUUCACUUAGCCAAUGUAAGAACAGGACUCAAAAUGAAAGACGUGCUGCUGAAUAUGUCUUAUUAUUUCUUCAGUGCCAUACUUUGAUACCUUCCAAUUUGUUCCCUGAUAUAAAUGCAAAUUGGGACAAUAAUUAAACCUAUAUGCUGUUGAUGCUGUCAGAUGUUUCUGUAGCUUGCUACUUCGCAUAACUGAGGGAUAAGGAAUGGAAUAAGGAUAUGAUACAUAAUUCCACUGUUACUCUAGGUGGUAGAAAUAUUGGUCCUGAUAUGUUGGUGUUUGAAAGCUAUUUAAUUUUAAAGAAAUGAGUCAUGUAGAGGUAUGAUACUGAUAAAGCAUUUCUAGCAUUUCUGUGGCAGGUUUCAGAGUGACCCCAUCUCUUGCCCAGAGAGAUGACACAUAUUGAUAGCUUUUAUUUGGCCUCACUCUUUGUCCUGAUCCUAUGGAUAAGAGAGAGAUCCCAAAAGUUUGAAUUGCUUUUAUUUUCAAAUCUUUUUCAAAAGAAAAAAUAAUUUUAAUAAAUACCAACCACAAUAAUUUAUAGUAAUUGUUGUCUUUCCCUCCCCAUCUCUCCACUAAGCCAGCAACUAAAGCUAUUCAGAAAACAAAUUGGUCAAAGUGGGCAGAAGAGCGUCUCUUGUUAAACUUUGAGGAAAUGUCCCAGGGUUUGGAUUCAUUAACUUUCAUUUAGGGCAAAAAUUCGAUGUCCCCGGCAUAUUGUGACCCAGCUUUGUCUCAUAGCAACAAGUAUGUUGAAAAUAAAGUUGUUUUGUGAACUUACAGGACUUUGUUAAAUUGCAUAAGAUUAGUCAUAAAAUGACAGCUUCUAGGACCACUCUUGGGCUCUGACUUUCCUAUUCCCGAGGGCUCAGCCAUCUCUGUCUACCCUUGGCCACACUCAGAACGGGAGAGAAAGCUCUGCUCUUGGCCCCUCUUUUCCGUUACUCCUCCCAGCCUUUCUGUAAUUUAGUCACCCAUCCGUGUUUCAUCAGCAGGGACACAUGAGAAUAUGGGAUUCGUUUCUUUUCUUUUUCCUUAGUUGUAUGAUUCCAGAUUAGGCCUUGUGGACACUUGUUCACUGAUCCCUGACAGUAAUGUAGGUGCUCAAUAAAUAUUAGUUCAAUAAAUGACUUAGUGCCAAGAGGAACUUUUCUGGUUAAAUAGAAAUUUCUCAAAUAGAACUUGAGAAAGAGCACUAAUUAAAUGUGGUCAUCUUAACCCAGGCCAGGACCUAAACUCACUGGUUGGCCUUCUAGUUCUUAUUGGGAUAUGGGCUAAGGUGAGCCCUCUUAAGUAACAAGGAAUUCUCAACAAGUGGGUGAGAGAGUUGCUUUCUCAUAAUUCAGUUUGGCCUGAUCUGACUCAAAAGACUAUCAGAAUCCAUCUCUGCUUCCAUUUUUGGUGUGAUUUUUUUCUUCUUUUAAUAAAGUUACUAAAUAUAUGGCAAAACUUGUUCCGACUUCCCUUGAAAAAGCAUAAUAUUCACGUCAUAGCGUCAGGUUUGGGAGAAUCUGUGAAAUCAUAUAGCUUGCCGAUAUUAAUUAUAUUUUAUUAUGGUUUUAUGUACACUGUAUCCUCAAUUGUGUGCUUUUUCCUUUACCUAUGCAAGGCUUUUUAUUCCUUUAUAUAUUUUAAUAGAUAUCUUGAAUUAUAUUAACAUUCAAGUUUGAUUAUCCUUUCUGUGGAUUACUUAGAUAAGGUCAUUAGCUUUUCUUGGCCUUUUUUUCCCCCCCCUCUUAGUCAUUUCAAGUUAGCAUCUCUUUCUAAGUAGAGUGGCAAGAAAAUAACUGAAAAUGAAAGUCAAAUGGAUUGAUUUGAUAAUGGGUCAGUUUCUGAUUGGUAAGAAAGGUAAAAAUCACUGGCCAAUGUAAGGUAUUUGGAUUAGGAUUAUUUACUUUAAGCAAUUUAGACUUGGACGGAGGUAGGCCGAAUUAACAGGAGACUGGAUUCCUUUUCUUUCUUCUGUCCCUGAAUGUACGCCUUGGGAGGGCACUGGGGACUCCCAGCGUUAGUAGAAUGAUUUGCCUCAUUUACCCUUUUACUAUUCCACAGUCCUUCCAGAUUCGGGAUAAGUUUCAGUUAAUCAAUCCUUCUGAAUAUCAGUUGCAGUUGAUUAUGAAUUGGUUUUCUGAUAAAAGUGCAAACAUCUUUUUUUUAAUAAACCAAACCACUGGAGUGAGAUAUCAUCUCAUUAUAAUUGAAGUUUUCUCCCCACAUAUCAAGCCAAUGGCUUUAAACAUGGACAUUUUCUACUUUUUAAUCCUGUGUAUUUCAUGGUCAUUAGUAUUAUAGGGACUACUGCCCUAUUUGCCUCUGGAUGAGUUCUUACAGCAUUUACCCUUUCUUCUUUCUAGAACUUUUUGAAUUUUUUUUUUUUUAACUGCAACUGGUUACUUACCUUCCCCAACCAUGGUCCUGAUAGAUGUGUUUUAAUGCAACUAUAACAACUCUUUAGAGAUUUAACUGGAAAAUCAAAAGCAGUGAAAAAAACAUGUGUAUUUCAUCCUUCAGACACAAGGUACUCCACAUGAGCAGUAUGACUGAACACUAAUUUUGGGAUAAGAGAAAAAUGUUUUCAGAUUUCAUUUCUGUCACGUAAGACUAUUUGUGUUUGGGAGGAAAUUUUGUGUUUGGAAAGCUGUCUUCCCUUACAUCAUUCACACUGGGUAGAAAGCAUAGUGAAUCAAGAAAUUAGCAUCCCUUCUAAUAGCAUUAAUAUAGUAAUGUUAGAAGAAGGUAGAUAGCACUUCAUCUCCUCUAAAGUUUAUAACAUUGGCAUAUUACCAUCAUUUUGGGGACCCACACUUUGAAAUUAAAAACAAAUAGAGGCAUAACUGAUGGUGAAACAAUAAAAAAUUUAGGACAUUUGAAUAAUAUUUGAGGGAUUUGGGGGAGAUUUAGCAUAGGAAAUAGAGGAAUAUAAUUUGUGCAUUAGAACAGGACUGUGUGGUCCAAAGGGGUUGGAAUAAAGCCCAGUGAGUAGAGGCCACAGCUACAGAUUUGGGCCCCAUGUCAGAGAGAACUUACCAAAAAAUGGUUAAUCAUGUAAGGGGCUGCCUCAGGUAACAGUCUCUGCCAAGCAGAGGCCAGACAGGAAUUCAGCAAAGAUUAUGUGGAGAGGAUCCCAGCAUCGUUUGGGGGUUGGACCUGAUGACCUAUUGACUUAAACUUCCAUACUGCAUGCAGUACUUUGCCCGCAUAACAUUAUCAGUUAAAUAUCUGUUGACCCGUAGCUGAGGAUUUUUUUUUUAAGGCUUUGCUCUUCUGCCAACCCUACAGGAAGGUUGGUUACAUGUUGUUAUUACUUGACACUCACACACACAAACUUGAUUUGAAAAUUAAAUUAACAGAACUGAAGCCAAAUUACUGCUUGUAGAAAGUAAUAAAACACAGGUCUUUGAAAAUGAGGUAUAACCAUAAGGAACAUCCAUAUGGUUUCACCUGCAAAAGUAACUAGCAUCCUUGCUAGCUGAUAGAUGGCUCUUCACUGGUCUUUAUCAAAAAGUACUGGUCCUGCAUCAGAAUGGUGAGAAACACUUGGGUUUGGGUGAGACUUUCUUUGGAUAAGAGGUUAGAGCACAAAAGCUAGCCAACUCUAAUUUACUUCCUGGGGUACAUGAGUCAAAAUUUACUUCCCCACUGAGUUAAAGUGGAAUUUCUGGAGAUGUCUUCUAGUUCCUGAUGGAAUCCUUGGUGGGUUGUGACUUUGACACUCAGGGAGUGAUGUAGGGAGGUGUACUGAAGGGGUAACGCUAGGCUAGGUGUGAGGAGUCCUAGUAUUGCCACGAAUUAGGUGUAACUUUAUGCAAAGCACAAUCUUAAGCAUCAGCUUCCUCAUCUACAAUAGAUUCAUAGUAACUGUCAGGAUUAUUGUGCAAAUUAGGAUAAAAUGAAAGCAUUCCAAUAUUUAGUUCUUUUCUCCUUGAUUAAAAACAGACUUUGGAUGGUCUGAUACAAGUAUAGAUCCUAGGACAAAACAAAGAACCCUUCUUGAUUUCAAACAAAAAAUUUCCAUUCUUGAAAGGACCCUUACAGGGAGUCACUUAUUUGAUCCAUCUUUCUGCCUUUGGUCAUUCCUGUUACCCAAGAGGCUCUUCCUUACCUACUUCAGGAAAGGCAUUCUCUCCCCCCAAAAAGGCAAUUCCAGGGUUGUAAACUUGUCAGUAUCAGGAGACUUAACCUUAUUACUGAAAUACCUCAAUGCAAUUUGACCUCUCUUCUUGAUCACAUUCUCCAUGAGAAGAAAAUGGGUUGAUCCUUUCUUCUUUUGAAGGAGUCAUAGUUGCCAUUUAUUAUUGCCCUUUUGCCUCAUUUUUUUUAAUGACAGAAAAAACUCAUUAAGAUGAUAACCAUUAUUCCUUUGGGGAAUGUCACGCUAGGUAUUUAUAAACUCCUCUUGUUGGUAUCAGAUUUAGAUCAUGAUCUUACUGUUGAUUAACUCUUCAAUUAUCCAUGUAUUUUACUUCUCUCUAUAACAAAAUAGAUAACAAAAUGUACUUCUGAAGAAUUAUUCUGGUUUGUGGCUCACGUCCUCUUCUUGGUAAAAGUGGAGCCAUGAAUCCUGGUUUGUCAUUUGCUUUUAGAAUUUAAUUUUAUAGAUGACAUUUUUUGAUGGAUGUGAUUAUGAAACCCAAAUUUUACAAGGUUUCUUUCCCCUUCUAUGUGUGCACUAAAUUCUGAAAUAAAAAUUGGAAUACCAAAUGCCUAAUUAAGCAACAAGUCAUGCACAGAGUAACAAAAGGUAAGAAUUUGGUCUCUUAGGGUGAUGUGUCGCUAGUUGGUUGAAUGGUGCACGUCUUUUGUUUAAGGUUACACAGUUAUGCCCUGGACUAAAUAGCAAUAGGAAAAUUUGAUAAGUCUUCUGAAAAACAGCUGCUAAACAUUGCUUUGUAAUUAUUAGGGAUGAAUAUACAUCUCUUUUCCUAUACAAUUGCAGAAUGCCAGUAGAAGUUUCUUAUAGAAUAUUAACAAUGUCAAUUGAUUUAUUUAAAAAUCUUGUUUUAAGUCCUUUUAUCCCUUUAAGGUAUGUUGGAGCCUUCAUGAUCCUCUUGUAGAAAAUUUCAAAUGACUGAAAUGCUGGCUUCUAAUUUCUGCUCGCUGAAGCGUCCUCUAGAUGUACCAGGUGGUUGGAGCUCCUUAUGAUAUGUAAGGGAGCUACAUAAAAGUAUCAUGCUAAUA